CCUCCUCCUCUCGCGCAUUACCUGCUGCUGCGCCGCGCGGCUGUGCAGUGCGCGCACUCACCGCGCAAUGGCCCCGGACGCGUCCACCACCACCCCGAACUCUCGCUUUCAGAUGGAUUAUGAGACGAAGAUUUUCCCUCACACCGGCGGGUAUGGACGCUACAACCGGAUCGUGGUUGUUUUCAGCUGGUUCCCAAACUUCGCUGUCAUGCUGAACCUGUUCACCGACGUGUUUUACACCCUGAUCCCGGACUCGUACCACUGCAAACCAGACCCACACCUCCUGCCUUCAACUUUCCUCCUCAGCAAUUUCACCUCUCAGGGAUACCUCAACUUCACCAUCCCCUGGAUCAACGGAUCCGGGCUCAGUCACUGUGAGCUGUUCAAGUACCCCCCCAACAUCUCGGACUUUUCUGUGAAUGUGCCCAGAGAGAGGGUCUCCUGCACCAAAGGGUGGGAGUACGCCCAUGUAGCGGGGCUCGAGAGCAACUUUGUCACCGAGUGGAAUUUGGUGUGCCGUGACUACUGGAAAAUCCCUUUGCAGCACAUCUGCUUCAUGGCAGGAUGGAUUCUGGGAUACAUCCUGCUUGGUACCUUGUGCGACUGGUUGGGUCGUCGCAGAGUAUUCCUCCUCUCUCUCAGUCUGUCCAGUCUGCUGGGGGUGGUCGUCUGCUUGUCCAACAGUGCGGUGGUGUUCCUGCUUCUGCGUCUCUCUCAGGGUGCCAUGCUUGCCGGGGUUUUUUUAUCCUCUUACAUUGCCAGGCUCGAGCUGUGUGACCCUCCUCAUCGUCUCAUGGUCGCCAUGAUCAGCGGCUUCUUCGCCGUGUUUGCCGAGCUGCUGUUGCCGGGCAUCGCUGUGCUGUGCCGCGAUUGGCCCAUUCUCCAGGCUGUGGCCACUUUGCCUCUGCUCCUGCUGCUUUCCUAUUGGUGCUGUGCUUCAGUGUUUCCGGAGUCUCCUCGCUGGCUGCUGGCUACAGUUCAGAUCCCUCAGGCGAAGAGGAGCCUGCAGGAGUUCUCUACCAGGAACGGAGUCUGUCUACGAGAUGAGAUCUACCCUGGAGAAACCCUCCUGUCAGAGAUUGACUCGGCGUACGGAGAAGACAGUCAGCCGAUGUACUUCUCAGUUCUGGAGCUGCGUCGGACUCGUGUCAUCUGGAAGAACUGUCUCAUCCUCAGUUUCACCCUGUUCAUUGGAACAGGUGUCCAGUACUGCUUCACAAGAAACUUGCACAGUUAUUCCACAAACUUCUACUUCAGCUACUUCCUCCGGGUGAUCACCGGAGCGCUCGCCUGCAUCUUCAUCUGUGUGUCUGUCAAUCAUUUUGGUCGGCGUGGUAUGCUGCUGCUCUCCGCCAUCAUCACAGGACUGUCAUCACUGCUGCUGCUCGCCCUCACUCAGUACCUGCGUGGAGGACUGGUGUUGGUGCUCUCUGUGGUGGGUCUGCUGUUUUCUCAAGCCCUCGCCAUGCUGAGUGUCUUCUUUGCCUCUGAGGUGAUGCCGACUGUGGUUCGAGGUGGAUGCCUUGGUCUGGUCCUGGCAGCGGGUUGCGUCGGCAUGGCCGCCUCCUCCUUAAUGGAGCUCCAAAACAAUGGCGGCUACUUCCUCCACCACGUCAUCUUCGCCUCCUUCGCCGUGCUCUCCGUUCUCUGCAUCAUGCUCUUACCUGAAAGCAAACGCAAGCGGCUCCCGGACUCUCUGAAGGAGGGCGAGAGUCAGCGGAGACCUCCUCUCUUCCUGUCCCGGCCUGGGGACAACCUGCCAUUACUGUGCAGCCGGCCUCCUCUGUCGGAAUACAACCCGGAUAACUAUUCCCGCCUGGUCUCUGCCACCAGGAAGAUGUUAACUAAAGAUAAUUUGCCUUAUAGGAUUGCUGUGCCGGAUCAUCCGCCUCUGCUGUCAGACAGUGACGCACAAGGACAGGAGAACGACACGCCGAGAGCGGUCGUAUCUUAACUGUUUACCCUCCUUGUCCUCCUUCACACAGACUUGGAUUAUCCCUCCUUCUCUCUGUAGACAUACCUCUACUGCACAGACAGUCGACCAUCAUCCUUCACUCUGUAUGAGUCACAGGCUUUUUAUUACUCAGCUCAAGAACUUGCAUGAGCCUUGUUGCAAAGAUUACAGUAAAAGCUCCACGUCUGUUACAUUCAGCAAGAAACCUGUGUCUUCUUGAAACAGUUACUGUAGUGACAUUUUUUCUCACGUGAAUUCAGAUAAUGCACUGAAACAAAGAGGCCUUCUUUAUCUUAUUUAGACAAAAUAAGAAAACUUAAUAUUUCUGUCGUCACACUUUUUCUAACUUGAGCCAGGACAGAAAGCGUCUCACUGCUCAGCUGUGUGGAGCUCACUGAGCUGUGCUGCAGCAGCAGGUCAUGUGAGCAGCAGCCCUUUGUCCAUUUAUUAGUAACUCAUGCACUUUUCAUUAAGUCUGUCUGAUUCAGCGGCAGCAGUGUCCCAGUGCGGAGAGGAUCCCAAGGAGCAGAACGACACACAAGACCGGCUCACACUGAUGUUGAGUCAUAUGUUAUACUUGUGUUGCACACUAGAGGGCGCUGAAUGAUGCACUGGUCACUGAUAAGGGGACAGAUACUCGCCUGACUUUUUCUCUCAUUUCUGACAUUUUCAAUCCAAAUAUUCCACCUAAAAGUAUUUGCCCCAAUAUUAUGGUGUCAUUUGUGUGUAUGUGUUACAAAAGUAACUACUGUAUGAAGCUUAUUUUCCAAAGCUGAAGGUAGCCAAAGAAUUUGCAAACAUAUUAACUACUGAAGCUGCUAUACAAAGACGUAACACCCUUUGAAUGAUACAAAAAGUUCAAGGUGCCUCAAUCCUUCAGUAUUUAACUGAGGGCAUUAUUUCAUCUUUUCUUUACAGUCUGAUUUUUCUUUCCUGUCUUAUAUUUCCCUGUAAGCAUUUAAGCCUUUGCAUCAUGUGACGUAAAACCGCUCUGAAAAGAUGAACUCCUCAAGGCCGCCAUGUCCGAGAAAAACAAAGUGAUCUGCCUUCAGCAGCUGCUGUUGUGUCCUUUUAUUGCAGUCAGUUUAUAAGUGUACCUUGAGCGGGCAAACAGAUGCUUUUGUAUUAAGUGAAGGUCUUACAGUCAGUCAAACAUUACAAUUAUGUUAUAUUUUUAUGUGUUGAAACUCUUACUGAAUUUACAUCUCCUUUCCCAAUGAGGAGAAUCUGAUCUGUGAAUUCAAAAACAUGCAAAUCAAAGUGGAGCUGAAAGAGCCUCAGAAAUGUUUUACAUCUCUUUGCCUUCUCUGAACACUAGAUGGCGCUGUUCUCUUAUAAAACAUGUACUAGACUGUUUUCUGUGAAAAUUCAGUACAUUGAUGUCAGAGUGUUUUUGUUUGUGUGCAUUCAGGUAACAUUUGUGUUUGUUAUUACAUCAUUACAUUCAAACUUGUGCAGCUUUUUUUCUUUUAGUUUUAUGGGGAGAUAAAAAAAAACAGAUGAUUCAAUAAACUCGACUUGGUCCAACCUGAUGAUCAUUGUUCUGCUGUCUGUGUGAUUGUUAUUACAAUGCCAUCAUCAACCUGGAAGAGCAUUAAAACAGGCUUUCGACAGCAGUGAAGA